CAAACUUCAUGUCCGUCUGCCCAGCCCUGCACUUAAAGUGUUCGUACUACUUUCAUUAAUAUCAUUGUUCAUUGCAUAGCAGAAACUCCGGUGUUAUCAGUGGCCCGACGCCGUACUCAUGCUGCUCGGAUGGUGUGGUGGGGCCCACGGCCCGUACCUGUCCCCGCGAGCUCUAAUGCCUUAAAAUCUCGAUCGGACACAGAGAUUCUCUUUGCCCCGUACGGAGACUUUCUAGUUAUCGAUUACCAUACAGAUUUUAUUCUUGCUGGGACAAUUGCAUUUUGUGGUCCUGCCCCUACCUUGCAGAAGUACAAGACGAAAUGGAAUCGCGACCUGGGAUAAGCUCGAAUUUGCUUCCCCCUCCAAAGAUCUCCAAGGGUGCUUUUUUGGGGAUUGUAUGGGGAGGCUUCACCUUGUGUACCCUCUUCGUUGCCUCUUGGGCCGGCGUGCGGUUCAAGACAUUUAGGCGGCUCUUCCCCGAUGAUGCAUUUGUGCUCUUUGCCUGGGCUAUCAUCCUUUCAACAUCAAUCCUUUGGCAAACCAUAGCGAAAGACAUGUACUUUCACGGCGAGAUCGUCAGAAGUUCGCAGGUGCCGCCCCCCGACUUCAAGCCAAGAGUCGAACGUUUCCUUAAAGGCUCUGCUGCAUUUGUCUUUUUGUUUUACACGACAUUAUGGUCUAUUAAGCUGUCCUUCCUGUUCUUUUUUCGACGCUUGUAUCUUCACGUGGGAAGAUGGAUGUUGUUCUGGUGGGUUAUUCUUGCGAUCACGAUGGCCUCAUACUUCGCUUGCAUUGGGGAUAUGGAGUAUGAUUGCCUGGUGGACCCACUGGAAGAGAUUGCAACACACUGUCAGUCUCGGGAGUCGAUCAACUUCCAGCGCAGAACCCUUAUCGCGAAUUGCGUCCUGGAUGUCUUCACAGAUAUACUGAUCACAUGUAUUCCUAUCACCAUGCUCUGGAAAGUCCGCAUAAGCACUAGGAGAAAACUGGCUUUGGGCGGCGUCUUCUGUGUCACCGUCAUUACGGUAAUAUUCGCCAUCGUCCGAGUAGCCGUCGUGGCUACAUCGGCAUCUGGUACUGCGGAUAUGAGCUGGCUUUAUGCUUGGAGUAACAUUGAAGCCGGCGCUGCCAUCAUCGUGUCUUGCAUAGGGUCUUUCCGAAGCCUCUUCACAUCUCAGGACUCUGCUCAAAGGCCAGACAAAGAUUCUCCACCAACUAUCGGAAGCCCUCAACAUAAAAAACUGCACUCCUUCGCCCAUAUGUUUGCAACUUCCCUCAUGAGGACUGAGUCGGAUCGGGAGACGUUAAAUACGUCGAGGGAGUUUUAUAUCCUUCAAGAAUCGAAGAGCAGAGAAUCUCCGUCAACAAAGAUAGAACUUGCUGAAGAAUGAGGUCCAGGCAUUGGGGAUGUCUCAUGGGAGGACAUCGAGAGAAAUGCUGUGAUGAGCUGGGAGGCGAAGUCUUCGAUACCUGAAGGAUUGGUGGAAGCGGCUAAGCGGUUGAUGGUGGUGGGGUUGACUAACGCUAGUGCGGAAGGAUGUAUGCAACUGUGGAUGCUGGACGUAUGGAAAUAGAAUCAGAGCUGAUGUCAGGUUAUAUCUACUCGUAGAUAGCCCUAUGCUUAUGCUUUGGGGGAUUCUAUUACUCGCCUCUCAUCAUGC